AUGGCUUCCAAAAUUCACAUGAGUUUAUUGAAGAGUGAAGCUAUUCCUCACUUAAUCUCUCCAAGACUUCAUAAUCCUUCCAACAAUUCUUCCAUUAAUCACCAUUCGGAUGGUUUCGUCAAAAUUUCAAGCUCUGAAACAAGUUCUCCAAUGUCUGCUUCCUCUCUCUUGGCUUCUCCUCCAAGCUCUGAAAGAAUCAACCCUUCCUCCUCAACUCCAUUCAAUGCAUCCAAUGAAACUUCCUUAAAUACUACACCAAAUAUGGAAAAGUUAAAAAAAUCCUUUUACUACUGUUCACAUCAAAAUGAACAACUCUUAAUUGGUCUCCUCCAACAAAUGACAAGACUGAAUCCUAACCAAAGACCUUCCCUCAAAAAGAUUAUUCUCAUUUUAGAAGUCUUGUUGAAAUAUAACCAAAUUGACCAAGACAUUUGUGAAACUCUCCUAUCCAAAUAA